GCGCGAGCGCAAGUGGCGAAACUCCGAGGGGGAAGUGGCGGCGUGAUGUAUCCGCUGCGGCGCGCCCGUGGCCGUUUCCUCUCGAUUUACCGUCACUAUUGAUCGCGCCGCUUUUUAUUUAGUGGCGUGUGCGACAUGAGCAACGGCACCGCAUCCCUCGCUGAUGUCUCCAGCACAAUCGUGGGUUCUGAACACCGGAAUUCUGCCCUCAAACACACAGGACAAUGCAGCCCUGUAUGGGCCCCUCAUCUCGGGAGCUUUGAGGUCACUGAAGGGAAUGGCACCAGCAUUGGUACUGUGAUCACAUUUGAAUGUCCAGUCAGGCACAGGCUUCUGGGAAAAGAAGUCAUUUCCUGCAUUCAGAAGGGCAACCAGACAGUUUGGACAGGGGACGUCCCCACCUGCAGACAACUUUCCAGAUUUGAAGAUUUGGGGUUUAAGGUGGCAGUGAUUGCUUCCAUCGUGAGCUCUGCCAUUAUUCUCCUCCUGUCUGUGGCUUUCCUCACCUGUUGGCUGCUGAAUUUUAUUAAAAAGAGAGAGAGACAAAGGAGUGAAAGGGAUGUGCAGCAGUGUCACCAAAAUGAGAGCAGUCACCUAGAAGAGUGCACAGAAGAAUUCCAUACGAGUAAAGAAGGCAGCAACAACAACAAUAACAAAGCCAAAAAGCAUGAGGCCAGGCUGCUGAAUGACACAGGGAUUGACAACCGAGGCUUCUGCAGAAUCCAUGAAUCCUGCAAGGCCAUCGCUCUUAGCAGAGGAUGCAGCAACCAAGCGCGCUCUGCUGGUUUAAAUGUGGUCCAGAGCAGCAAGCACGUCCCGUGCACCAUUCCCACAGUUAGCGGAACUCAUGUGGUGGACAUCUAUGGACAUCGCUGUCAGUCGCCUGUCAGCCUAUCUGUGGGUCUCCAUGCUUGAUGCUGACCUUCAUCACCUUUCACUGCACCUCUUUUUUAUCUGCAAGUGCCUUAAAACUUGGGAGCUUUCCACAGAGCUCAGCCCUACACUUUGGACCAGAACACCCUCUUUUGAUCAUUUUGUUCAGGCUGAUUGUGUUAGCAGUGUGGGAGCUGAGAAAUGCCUCGUUACGUCUCUCACGUGGAUCAGAAGUGGGUUAGCUUGAGCCAUUUUAGCAAAAGGAAUACUAUCAGUUUGUGUCUUGGCCAUUAAGAUUGUAGAUGAGACUUUGGGUGCACUCUUAAAAGGUUUGUGUUUAAGUGCAAGUUCUCAGGAAAUUGUCUGGAGUCCUUUUGCCUAAUUUACUAAUCUGACUGUGAAACUGUGACUGAAUGUAUCAGUGACUGAGCCGGUGUCUACAUUUCGUGCAUGUAAAUGUGUGUGCAUCAAAAACAAAGAUGUUCAGUGUAGUGUCAUUUGUAGCAGACACUACCCUGAAGUGUAAAAGUACAGAAUUCUACUAAAAUUGUCUAUGUAUGUUUUUUCAUCGAUGAAUCAAGGGGUUUAGGCUCACGCAGCAAGUCAGUAGUAGGCACUGUGUUGAUAACGUUGUGAUUCACAACUUAAAAAAUGAGCUACAGCACCACAGAAAAGAAUCUGGGUUGUGAUUUUCACUUUUGUUCACAAUGCAUCGUCUCAA